AUGACUCUCUUGGUCUUAUCCUUUCUUGUUCUUUUUCCAAGUCUCCUCUUAGUUUGGUAUCUCCACAUCCCACGCUCAUUCCCACCUCUACCAGUCAUCCCAAUCUAUGUCUCCCUACUUGUUCUAUGGUCUUCCAUGGGCCAAGACGAAAUCUACGAACGCUGGUUUCGCAAACCAUUGGAAGCCAAUGGUGCAGUCAUUGUGUGGUUUGCUGGCCGCUGGAGUAUUCUCGUCUCUCGACCCGAAUGGUUGACGGAUAUAUUUCGAAACGAGGACCUGUAUGUCAAAGCCGGAUUCCAGAUCAAGAAUCCUCAUUCUGUUAUUGCCACGCUCGUUGGUGAUAAUAUCAUCAAUUCACAUCGGAAUUGGAAGCUAUACACGUCAAUUAUGAAGCCAGGACUGCAGAAGAAAUUGUUUGACACUACCUCGCUUCUCCAGAAGUCAAGAAAACUGGUCGAUGUUCUAAUUGCCAAAGGUCAAGGCCCGAUACCCGUCAACGACGACGUGCAAAAAUGGGCAGUCGAUGUCAUGGGGGAAGCAUUCUUGGAUGUGGAGUUCGAAAGUCUAGGUAACCCCAACGAUGUCCCCCUCGAAUCACUACAAUCAAUCAUCAAAGCCACACUGUUCAGUCCGAUUUAUUUCACCUUUCCCGAUCUCGAUCGUUUCACCUGGCUUCUUCCCUCCCGGAAACGCGCAUAUGAAAUCAUGCGAGAGUUCGAUGACCGACUUUAUACCGCUACGAUGGAAAUGAUUCGUCGGACUUCCAAAUCAGACAAGCUCUCACACAUGCUUGUCGACGCCUACCUGACAAACAAGAUAACCGAGAAGCAGCUCCGCGAUAAUCUCAAAAUCACAUUCCUUACAGCCCAUGAAAACGCCCAGCAGUUGGUGAACUCUAUGUUCUGGCAAUUAGGGUCGAGAGUCGAUGUCCAGUCCCGUCUUCGGGUCGAGGUUUUGGGGUUGUCAGAUAUACAUCCCAACCCUUCACAGGAGAUCAUCAACACACUGCCCUAUCUCACAUCGGUUGUGCUGGAGCUACUGCGACUCUUUCCACCAGUAUCGCAGCUCAUUAACCGUGUCGCUAUGCAAUCCGCUGUGUUGGGUGGUGACUUGCCGAUUCCAAAGGGGACGUUCGUUGGAUGGAAUGCAUGGGCUGUGCACAGUAACACGGCGAUAUGGGGGGCUGAUGCGAGAGAGUUCAGGCCUGAGAGGUGGGGAAGUACUGUUGAUGAGAUGCAUGGACGGUUCCGGAGGGAGACAGUGCGCGGGACAUAUAUUCCUUUCAAUGCGCAUAGGCGGAAAUGCCUUGGACAGGGAUUUGCACUGUUACAGCUGAAGGUGCUUUUGUUCGUCUUGCUGGGAAGGGUCAGAUGGGUGGUCGAUCCAGAAUAUCGGCUGAAGCUGACGUCGGUGGGUUCUCCUUGUUGA